AUGGAGUCUAUUGUGGCUGAACAUCGGAACAUGAGCGAAAAAUUGCGAGCGGAAAACUGUUUAUUGCGUGAGAAAGCGUCGCGUAGUCUUGGUGAGUUAAUGGUGAACACUCGAAAUAAUUCAAUCGUUCCUGUUGCAAAAUUGAUUGACAACGAAACGGAGAUAGAGGCAUUAACAAAACAACUCCAAAUCAACGCAAUUGCACUUUCGAAACAAACAAGACAGUGGACUCAAAGUAUUAAAAACCUUGAAGAUACCCUCAACGAACUUGGCAAUUUGGAAAUAGUCGGGAAAACAAUGGAAACUAAUUUGAAUGAAAUCGACAAUGCUGUUCGUAAGUUGGUCACUGAAAAAUACACCUCCAAAUAA